AUGUCGCGCUGCAGGGAGAAAAUCGCCAAAAACCGUCUUCCCGCGUUUAAUCUGGAGCUUGUCCGGCAGCAGUCCGAGGUGAUCAUGAAGGGCGAGGGGGAAAGUGUGUGCAAUGCCGCCAUGUGCCAUCCAAUCAGCAUCAUCAACGACAUGCUUUGCAUCGGGUCUUGGCGCGAUGCCGCCGAUGAGGAGUUGCUGCGCCAACACCACAUCACACAUGUACUGAAUGUCGCGCGUGAGUUGAUCCCGGAAGAGGAGCUUCACCGCAUGGAGUCCAUAAAUUUUGUGAAGAGCAAAUGUAUUCCACUCAGCGAUAGCCUAAAUGAGGAGUUGAAGCUGCAUUUUGAAGAGGCAUUUGAAUUCAUUCGAAAUGCAACCCGGAACGGCAGGGUGCUGGUGCACUGCCGCCGCGGCAUCUCACGCAGUGCAGCCAUCGUCAUUGCAUACAUGAUGGCCUCUGAGGGACAGUCGUUCCGCACCGCUUUUGACACUGUGUACCAGAAGCGACCUUGUAUUUCUCUCAAUCUGGCCUUCAUCCAGGGCCUUGAGGAAUAUGAGGCCCACCUCCGAUCCUUGCACCAGUGUAACUGCAUUGAGUACGACAAAGCAAAUAUUGAACGGGAUAAGUGCUGUGAUGUGCGGCGCGUGAAAGAGGCUGUCCUGUCGGAGCCUCAAAGCGCACAGUUAGAUGUGCAAUGCGGUUUCAAGGAGUGGGUGGUGUGA